AUGGACACCUUUCGUCAAUGCAGCUGCAUUUAUGCCCACAAUGUAUCAUUACGUUCUUUGUUUGUGUUCGAACUUGCUGAAUUCAGAAAGUUGUUUAUACGGAUUUUUCAAAUUAAUAUUCCUAAAUACAACUUAUGCAACUGUGAACAUCACAGCUCGUCUCAGUUUUUGACUGCAUUUUGUAAUUUACGUGAAGAAUGUGCUGAAAACAAAAGUUGUAACGAAUUAAUGAAUGUAUUGAAGUGA